AUGAUAACAAAGCAGAAGAAAACACUUUUCACCAGUCUGCCGACGCAACACAAGAAGACUGACAAACUUGAAUGCUCGGGAGUUUAUCGCAACUGUGAGCAAAGUAUAUCGGUGAAACAGGAAGAAAAAUCGGCCUACGAAUCAAGGAACAUUGAUAAGAAAAGAUCCGAAAUAGCGGAACACAUUGCACGACCGGGGCACGAAAUCGAAUGGAAAUCGACCGACAGGUUGGCUGCAUUUGGUGAAAAUACAAGAAAACGCAAGAUCCGAAAGGCCAUCGAAAUAGUGACCAAGAAAGAUCUAAUGAACAUGAAACUUGAAGAGGACAGGAUUAGCGAAAACUUUGCAUAUUGCCUAAACAAACUAGGAGAUGAGCAAAAAAAGACGACUGGAUCAAGGCAAUAUCCUUAA